AUGGAUGCAAAGCUCCAUCUCCUGUUCGUCACUGGAGAUCGAGUGCAUAUUACUUUGAAUAACAACCUAUUUAAGGCGUGUGGGUUCGAUGAAGCAAAUAACCAGAUGUUUCGUGUGGGUGAUUUAAGACAAUAUAUUUACGAAGACUGGACAGAAGUUGUUUCACACCGAGAAAAUCACGGCUCUGAGAGCUUGGUUGACAUUACAGCAAGGCCUCAGAGUUCUGACUGCAUACAGCUACUUCAUUUGGGCAAAAGGUUGGAUCCAAACAGUCUUGUAAGCAGCAUGAAUUUAGACUUAUCAGAGGUGGUACACAUUCUUGUGAAGCCAUACUAUGCUGUGCCGGAGACUUCUCAGAAUAAGAAGAGACUAGACCGUUUUACAUCUCAGAUAAUCAAGGUGAAAUCUUCCAAGAAUAGACGUGGCUCCACAUCCAAUACCCCUGUUCCUGCGUUUGUUACUUCUGCUGCUACAGCCAUGGUUGCUGGUUCGCUUCAUAAUGGUUCUUUUCAGUCUACUACUACUUCUGCUUCCAAGAGAUCUCUCGAGAGAAGCAGCGAGGAGACUGGCACUCCAAGAGAUGACGUAACUAACAUUACAGCAACCAAUCAGGUGGAUCAGGCGGAUCCGGUAGAGUUGGUAGAUCCUAUGGAGCCAGAGGCGCAGUCGAAACGUGGGAGUGAUAAUCAAUCCAUCCAUAUCUGUCCAGCCUCAUCUCACACAGAUAAUCUUGACGACAUACCUCCCUCUUUUAUCUCUCCUUCGGACGUUCAGUUCAAGGAGAAAGGGGGCUGUUGUAUCAUUAUGUAA